CCUUAUAUGGUCAGGCCCCGCCCCUGGCUGUGAUGUCGUCAGCAGCUCAGAGGAAGACCCGUGGGGUUUUUGGGUUUUGGCGUCCAGUCCUGUGGGGCCGCAGGGCUGAGAAUUUCUCCUCCGCUCCUCAUCCCUCCAUCAUCGGCCCGCCUCUGCUCCUCUGCUCCUCUGCUCCUCUCUCCUCCUCUCUCCUCCUCUCUCCUCCUCUCUCCUCCUCUCUUUGGGGAAAAGAAAAAAGACACUUUGCUUGCGCUCGAUUCGCUGUCCGGACUCGCCUCUGUUCUUCCCCUCGUUUUCUUGUCCUCUGAGGAUUUUAUUUUUCUUAUCCCUUUUUCCUCCUCCUCCUCCUCCUUCCGUUCUUCCCGCCGGUUUCAACAUGUCGGCCAAAUUUUAAAAAUCCCUUAAAAAUAAACUGAGGGAGGAAAUCUUGUCCAUCCUUCUUCCAGAGCAAAAACUUGAAUUAAAUCUAAAAAGCAGACUGAAAGUUGUGCAGUUGAAUAAACUCCCCUCCUCCUGCUCUCCUCUCGUCUUUUCUUUCCUCUCUUCUGCGUCUUGUUUCGUCCUCGCUGGGUGCUUUCAGACUUCGAGGUCUUUCGAUGUCGAAGAAAACAUCGACCUCCAGCAUCCUGUAGAGCUGCUGCUUUUCUGCUGGACUUUUCUUUUUGCCGCAGAUUUUUGCUGUUCUUCUUCUUGUUUUUUCCCCGUGUUGUUUUGCUCUCGUGGUCGUACGGCAGCAGCGGCGGCGGUCGGAGCGUCGGGGCCCCGGAGAUGUUCGGGAUCCAGGACAACUUGCCCCGCGGGGCCACGGCCAGCAUGAAGGAGGAGCCGCUGGCCGUUCGCUCUUGGAUGCACUCGGCCGGUGUGGUGGACGCCAACACUGCUGCUCAGAGCGGGGUGGGGUUAGCCCGCGCUCACUUCGAGAAGCAGCCUCCAUCCAACCUGAGGAAGUCCAACUUCUUCCACUUCGUGCUGGCGCUGUACGACCGGCAGGGUCAGCCGGUGGAGAUCGAGCGCACCACCUACGUCGAUUUUGUGGAGAAAGAGAAGGAGCCGACCGGAGAGAAAACCAACAACGGGAUCCACUACAAGCUGCAGCUGCUCUACAGCAACGGAGUGAGGACGGAGCAGGACCUGUACGUCCGGCUGAUCGACUCCAUGACCAAACAGGCCAUCAUCUAUGAAGGUCAGGACAAGAACCCUGAGAUGUGCCGAGUUCUGCUGACGCAUGAGAUCAUGUGCAGUCGCUGCUGCGAUAAGAAAAGCUGUGGAAACAGGAACGAGACGCCGUCAGACCCCGUCAUCAUCGACAGGUUCUUCCUCAAGUUCUUCCUCAAGUGUAACCAGAACUGUCUGAAGAACGCUGGAAACCCACGAGACAUGAGGAGGUUCCAGGUGGUGGUGUCUACGACAGUGAACGUGGACGGCCAUGUUCUCGCUGUCUCUGACAACAUGUUCGUACACAACAACUCCAAACAUGGCCGCCGAGCCCGAAGAUUGGACCCGUCUGAAGCAGCCACUCCCUGUAUCAAAGCCAUCAGUCCCAGUGAGGGCUGGACGACAGGCGGAGCGACCGUCAUCCUGAUUGGAGACAACUUCUUUGAUGGCCUGCAGGUCGUCUUCGGCACCAUGCUGGUGUGGAGUGAGCUGAUCACCCCUCAUGCUAUCCGGGUCCAGACUCCUCCCCGUCACAUCCCCGGGGUCGUCGAGGUCACGCUGUCCUACAAGUCCAAACAGUUCUGUAAAGGAGCGCCGGGACGUUUCGUUUACACAGCAUUAAAUGAGCCCACUAUAGACUACGGCUUCCAGAGGUUACAGAAGGUCAUUCCUCGUCACCCUGGAGACCCAGAGAGACUGCCCAAGGAGGUGCUGUUGAAGCGGGCAGCUGACCUGGUGGAGGCGCUCUACGGGAUGCCUCACAACAACCAGGAGAUCAUCCUGAAGCGAGCGGCCGACAUCGCUGAAGCUCUCUACAGCGUUCCCAGGAACCACAACCAGAUCCCAUCGCUAGGCAACACUGCCUCCCACGGCAUGAUGGGAGUCAACUCCUUUAGCGGACAGCUGGCCGUCAAUGUCUCCGACACUACGCAAGUUGGUUACAGUCGUAACACCAGCAGCGUGUCGCCACGGGGAUACGCACCAAGCUCCACCCCUCAACAGAGUAACUACGGCAACACCGUCAGCAACAGCAUGAAUGGCUACGGCAACACCGGCAUGCCAAACCUCGGAGUGGCAACAUCACCCGGUUUCCUCAACGGCUCGUCUGCCAACUCUCCCUACGGCAGUAAGUAUCAAGUCGUGCCCUCCAGUCCCACCAUGGCCGUCUCUAACUGUAACUCCUCCCACGGAGUCUUUUCCUUCUCGGCUGCCGUCAAACAGAAGAGCGCCUUCGCCCCUGUCGUCAGGCCGACAGCUUCACCUCCUCCACCCAACUGCUCCAACAACUCCAACGGGCUGCAAGCCAUGUCCGGCCUCGUCGUUCCUCCCAUGUAAAGAAUCUUCCUUGUCUCGCUCCUCCCCCUCAGCCACAAGCACCAAUCACCUCAGAGGAGGCGGGGCCUCAGUCAGGACAGAGUCUUGAUCCUGUCCUCUGAUUGGUCGCAGUGUCCGGUCUCUGAAGAAGAAAAGAAAAAGGACUUUUUGUACAGCAGAAGUUUUCUCCGGGUGCUUUCAGCUCUCUGUAAUUAUUCUGAUGUUAUUGUCCGUGUUUGGGGGGUGGGGUCUGUUAGUGUACAAACUAUGAUGUCAUACCUGUUAUGUGACAUCAUCUCCUCUACUUGUGAUGUAAUGAAGAAACAGAGAAGUUUAAGUUUGAACUGAAACUUUCCUCACAUCUGAUUAGCUGAAAAACAGGAAGGAAAUGAUCUCUUCUUCUGUGGUGAAAAUGUCCGCAUUCAUCAGCAAACUGAACCCCUGAGAACAGGAAGCUUCUUGAUCUUUUUCUCAUUAGAAUUUUGCAGAAAUUAGAUUUCAACAAACCCUCCUGUGAUUGGUUGUUUCACACAGAACAAAAACUUCACAACUUCAUUCAGUUUUAUUUUCCUUCGCCUGAAGAAUCCCAACAAGCAUGAAAACAGGAACAGGAUACUUCCUGUUCAUUUUCCAUAUUUUGGGAGCAAAAAGAAGAAAGCUUCCAGCCAGGGAGGAGGUAGGAAGUGAGAAGGAAGCAAAGUGGGUUGAAGCUUCUUGUUAGGAAGCAUGACAGAGAGGGACAGCCACAGCAGAAUCACAGAGACGAUAAGUUUGAAGAUGGAGUUCUGGAGCAGUUAAGAAGGAAGCUCUCCACUUCCUCCUUGUUGGAAGGAAACCUUUAUUUACAAAAAAAGGAAGGACAACGUGUUCAUUUAAAAAGCAGAGGAGGUGGAAGCUUCCUAGUUUUAGAAGAAGGAAGAUUUCCACAUAGAAAGCAAAGACAAAGGAAGCCUUUAAUUAGGAAAGGAAAGAAAAAAGGUCUUGAAGGACGAAGUGUUAGGGAGCAGACACGUUGGAGUUCUGGUUCUGGUUGUUUCCUUGUUGUGGAGCGCGGAGGAAAGUUAUAAACAAACAUAAGAGAGCAGUUUCCGACCUGCAGUCAGUCAGAGAUCUGAACACUGAAGGAUUUGAGGCCUUUAACAGUUUCAAAGAUGAUGAUCAACUAAAAGAAAGAGCAAUGAAUUCAAAUGAUCUUCCUCCUGUUAUUAGCCCCGCCCCUUCUUUGUUUAGCCCCGCCCCUGCCUGUCUGUGUUUUUAUUGAUUUUUUAACUGUUUUUAUUUUCAAUGCUCGCACUGUAAAAACAAUCCCUGCAUCCUGAUAGGCUACUGUGACCCUCCGUCUUCUUGUUUAGAGUUGUCUUUUUUAUUCUAGCCCCUCCUCCUCCCUAAGCACUGCCCCAAACACUUAAACUCCGCCCUUGCAGUCCCGCCCCUGUGUUUUCUGUGUGGGUUAUGUGGUUUUUGCUGGCUGAAUAUUUAUAUGUCACUGUGGUUGAUCACGCCGCCCCCCCGCCUGUCACUGAGCUCACCGAGGGAAACUUUUUGUAUCAUACAGAUUAUAAAUAUUGUAUUUAUAUCUCAGAUUGUUUUUGUAUAAAUGGAUGUUGAGUCAUGUUGUCUUCAUGGGGUUUUAGACAUGUGUGUAUGUGGUGGUGCCACACUGACAAACAAACAUUGUUUUGUAUCAAAAGAAGAAAACUGAACGUUAACGUCUUCACACAUUUAUAGCGCUGUCAAUCAAAGCUGAUGGUCGGGUCAGCUCCACUCGUUUCUGUUGUUUUCAAUGUAAAUCUUGAUUUAAUGACUGUUUGCUGUUCUGAAAUGAUUUCCUCACAGUAAAUAAAGUC